AUGGACCAAAGUAAGUCAGAGAGCACAUCCUAUCGCCAUAAGACCACUAUCGGGGAGGUAGCAUUGGGUCAACAGCCGCAGAACGUGGCAAAGGCAUCGGGAGAGUACGUAGAACAUGCGAUGGAGCAAGAUGUCGAUGGCGGGAGUAAAGAAAGGAGCAAAGUAACUUGUCAAGAGCAGACGGGAGGAGAGCUACACGUACAGAGUACAUAUUCUAACAUUAAGUCUGACAGGGAGUCAAGGGACACAAUGUUAGACAUGGCCUAA